AUGACAAGAAAGGCAGUGAAAGGAAGUGUGAUAGCAGACCUCCUGACAGAGAAUCCUAUUAAUGAUUAUGAGGCUCUCAACAUUGAAUUCCCCGAUGAGGAUAUCAAUGAGAUAAGUACAAAAACUGAGGGGCAAAUUGGCAUGUGGAAGAUGUAUUUUGAUGGUGCAGUUAACCUUUCAAGUAAUGGGAUUGGAGCAGUACUAGUGUCUUCAGAUGGGAAACAUUUCUCGAUAGUAGUCAAGCUAAGAUUCGAAUGUGCCAAUAAUGUUGCAGAGUAUGAAGCUUGUGUAAGCAGUUUACAAGCUGCUGUCGAGAUGAAAGUAAAGAAAUUAGAUGUGUAUGGAGACUCUGCUUUGAUCAUCUACCAAGUUAAAAGAGAAUUGCAGACCAAAGAUCCAAAAUUAAUCCCAUAUCAGAAGUAUCUCCUAGAGAUGAUCAGCAAAUUUGAAGAAAUCUCCUUUACUCACCUGGGCCGUGAUAAAAACCAGUUCGUAGAUGCUUUGGCCACUUUGGCAAUUAUGACCCAAAUGGAGGAGGACUAA